AAUUUGUAACAGGUUUUAUAGUUUAUCUAGUUCACCAGGCCACACCAAAGGCAUAGUAGCAACAAUAGCAGCAGCAAUAUACUUGAACUGUAAUUCCAUAUUAUCUCUAAACCUAUAAUCUUAUAACGUAUCUCUUGCUGGUUAAUGUUGUAUGUACAUUAUUGUCCAUGAGUACAUGAAACAGCACAGCUACUGUAUGUUGUAAAUGUCCAAACCGAAACUUUCUAAUAUUAGGAAUCUGCUCUACUUCACCUCUAACUUCCCAUAAACAAACUAAACUAAACCAAAGGUAUUAUCACUUCAAUUCUAGAUUAUGGUAUAAAAGUUAGCGGAAGAUAAAUUCAGAAACAUCUUACCCACUACCAAGCUUUCCAUCUGAAGGGCUGCAAGCUUGUUUUCCUCGUUGUGUAAUCAAGCAGCCGGGAGAAAUCAAUGGCAACUGAAAGGAUCAUCGAAAACAAACCAGAAAGCCACAAACACCAAAAGAAAAAUGACCCAUUCAUGUCCAUCUUGACGUUCCAUUGUCGCCUUCUACGUUGUGUAUCCAGGUGCUUUACGGCCACCACCACCACCAGCUAUCCAGCCACAAGACAUGAUGGCUAUACAAAAUUAACAAAACAUACCAACACGAAAAGGACAAUCAUCCUCGAUCUUGAUGAAACCUUGGUUCAUUCCACGACACAAAUGCCUGGAGUUAAAUACGAUUUCAUGGUAAUGGUAAAAAUGGAAAGUGAGAUUAUGCCAAUCUUUGUGGUAAAACGUCCCGGGGUGACUGAGUUCUUGGAAAGACUAGGGGAAACCUACAAUGUAGCAGUUUUCACAGCUGGUCUGGAAGACUAUGCUUCACAGGUUUUGGACAAGCUAGACAAGAAGGGUGUGAUCUCACAGCGGCUAUAUCGAGACUCGUGCACGGAACUGAAUGGAAGAUAUGUUAAAGACUUGUCUCUGGUAGUGGGGAAAGACCUUGGAAGUGCUUUGAUUGUUGAUGACAAUCCGUCUGCUUACUCAUUACAUCCAGAGAAUGGAGUACCUAUAAAGGCUUUUGUAGAUGACCUCAAAGAUCAAGAACUUUUGAAGCUGCUGGAGUUCCUUGAAAUUUGUUACGUGUAUGAGGAUAUGAGGGAUGCAGUACAGGAUCUGCUGCCAAACCGGCUGAUGUAAUGUGCAUAUAUCUUUAUUUCCUGAUAUGUUUUAUUUGUUUAGGAGAUGGGGAGGGAGAGAUAGUAUUAGGAAUUUUCAUUUUCUUGUUCUUUUUGCAUUGAAAAAGGAUGUUUACUUCUUCAAUGUUGCACCUACAUAUGUGGGGAGCUUUUACUGAAAGCAAAAUACCAAAAAAAGAAGACAAAAACACUCUUGUACAAGUAGACAUUUGUGGAAUAAGAAAAGGGUUUUAGUUUUAGUAUAUAAUUUCUCAAAUGCCUUAUGAUAUGCACAAAGAAACUUCACAAAAAGAGAUGUUAUUGUUUCUGUUUUUGUGUUUAAGCAUUUCUUCAGCCUUUACAAGUUUUUUUUUAGCUCUGCUCCAAAAUCCAAAAACUAGCAGUGACGCGAAAAAACAAUUCCAAAACGCAAUGUAAAUGCCAUUAGAACAACGAAGCCAUAUCCUUUGCUAAGACAAACACAGUACAGCCUUACAGGGAAAGAAAAGACAAAAUACCAAGUUACCAAUUAGUUAACCGUUUGAAUACUUUCGCCGAAGGCUUUAACUGUUUUUUUUUUUUGUGGUUUUGUUUUCGUUUACAUUUUUAACACUAUGUUAUAAAAGAAAACACCAACAUUGCUUUAGUUUUGGAAACAAUCAAUCCCUGAGUUUUCUAUUAAUAGAAAGAUGAGAGAAAGUAAAGUACUAGGUCCUUCCACAAUCGACAAAGCAUACACACUUUUGACCAUAUCGGUAACAAUGUUCCAAGGUUAAUAAGCCUACAGUGUGAUCGCAUAUUCAUCAGAGCCUAUACGAAAGAAACAUCUUUCCAAUAGAUAGAUAUAAGGAUCAAGAUGACAAGAUCCAGUAUAGUCCAAAAUUUGUGAUACCCAAUUCAGUUAAAACAACAACGUAAACGUCAUAUCUCUCUAUUAUCUUCCACCAAAGCUCCACAAGAACUACAACCUACUUAGAUCAAAUCUGUUAAAUCUUAUAGCUAACAGCGGAAGACUUGACUUGGAAGUCGCAAGGCUUCGGCUUUACUGAAGCACAAGUCGUCGAGAGCUUCACUACGACACCACCUGCAUCUAGGGAAACCCGAACACUGAGACCUGGUCCGCAUCUCGCAGCAGAGCUUUCUAAUAGUCUUGUUCAGCUUCGGAUUUGUCCGGAUCUCCAACGGCUCGCGGUUCAGAACACGAACUUCAGGUUCAGAAGACGACGAAAGCGAUGGACAUAGUAAAACGAGGCUGAAGAUAAUGACUAAAGACGAGAAGCUUGAGCUAAAUGCCGACAUUGUCACCAAAAAAAAAAGAGCUUUGUUUUUUGUUCGAUAUUUUUGGAAAGUUUCUUCUUUUUCUUUGUUUACUCUUUUUUUUUCCUUUUUUUUUGUUUGGCCUACCAAACUACAUCGUAUAGCCACGCGUGUGGGCGCAAGUUAGCGGUAUCCUUUAAUAA